GCUGCUCUCCCAACCUGACCCAACCUGCCUUCUGCCAAUCCCCAACCCAAUUCUUCAAUUGUACAACCUUCUUUACCCUCAGAUUUUGUUUUUGGAACCAUAUACUUGUACUUACCCGUCAUUCUUUGUGUAUUUUCCCCCUCUCUACUUUGAUAAAUUAUUAGAUGAGUCACUAGCGGUUUUACUGGCUCCUACACCUGCUGUAUCCAAUUUAACGUUCAGCUAUGAUUUCCAAAUCCACUCUACUUUCCCAUGAAGUAAGUGCUUUCGAUGCUGAAGGAGACUGUUUCACGGAAUCGAGUAUCUGCUCCCAGCCUCGAAGAUUGAAUGACGCUUGCCGUUCCGAGAGAACGCGAUUGUUGUUGGUUUCCUUGCUUGAAAGCUUUUGUGGAAUCUAUGAACCUGAUGAAGGACAUGCUCGGUCGAUGUUCCGUUACAUUACCGAGUCGUUGCGAUCAUCUGGUAUCAUCGAAAGGGAGGAUGCCGAUGAAUUGAACGCCCUGCGGGCCGCAUACAAGCGUGCCUUCCAUGAUUUGCUCUUCAAAGCGCACCAGCGCAGUAUAACUGAUGAUGAGAACAAGGAACCAAAGUUUCUGCUCCCUGUGCGAAAGUCUUGCUCCGAAAACAAUCUGCCUAUAAGCAUCACGAACUUUUCCGAUGAUUCUGUCGAUGUCGAGGGCUCAGACAAUAGACGGGAACUACCGCGUUCUAAAUCGAUGUUCUUCUCUGAACAAUUGAAGCGCUUUUCCAGUAAUACGUCCUUCCAAGAUGCUUCGUCUAAUUCAUUCGAUGAUGCUUCGUCGUCUUCAGCUGCCUCGAAUGUUUCCUUCGAUCAUUGGCUGUUUGGUCGUGCUUCUCGGUAUGAAACCGACUUUGAGGAGUUGGAGAUGUUAGGAAAAGGUGGUUUCGGUACGGUGUAUAGGGCUAGAAACAAAAUUGAUGGUGCAGAAUAUGCACUUAAAAAAAUAAUUCUAAGUCUUCGUUCACUAUCUCGCUUCGGUGUAUUUCAAGAAGCGAGAUCUCUGGCCCGAAUGAAUCAUCCCAAUGUUAUCCGGUUCUACUCUUCUUGGGUCGAAGAGCUUUCGCGUCCUCCUGCUGCCGGUCGAUCAAAAGCACAAGAAUCGGAAUCGGAUAAUUCUGCAAAGAAUGGAGAUAAGCAAGAAUCCUCCAAUUUGGCAUUCGGAUCAGAGGACGAACAAGAACUGAUGUUCAAUAUGGAUGAUACCGAGUUUUCUUCCAACUCAAACCAACCCUUUCAGAUUGUCUUUCAAGAUGAUUCUAACCCCCUUUCCCGUUCCGCUCUUGCCGAAAGUGAGGAAACAGAAAGCUUUCGUGUUCCCUCCCGAGUCCGCAAUGUUCGUAAAGAGUAUUAUCCGUUUUCUACAGUGCCGACCUCCUUUCGUUUUGGAGGUAAUGAUAGCAAUUCCUCUUCCCUUUCGAGUUCAUGGGGAGCUGUUCGUGGAAAUCCAAUGACACGAUCCACCCGCAGCCAGUCCUACAGGGAAGGGUGUCAUGAAAAUUGCUCCAGUCACACUGGUUCUUUUUGCCUUUUUAUACAAAUGGCUCUAUGCAGUGAGUCUCUCGAGGAUCACAUUCGCCGUCGUAAUCAGUAUUACACUGGAGUUCUUCCACGUGAACUUCGCAAGUUAUACUUGAUGCUGUUUAUGCGCGUCUUGGAAGGUGUUCGGUAUUUGCAUGAUGUUAUGCAUACCGUCCAUAGGGAUUUAAAACCUCGAAAUGUGUUUCUUGCUGAGAGCUCACUGGCCGAAGCCGGCUCCGUCAAUCUUCCCUCUUUCCGCCAGGACAAUGACAGAAACCCGAUGAAGGACAUGUAUUAUGUAAUCCCAAAAAUCGGCGAUUUUGGCCUCGUUAUGGAGGAAGAUGGUGUUGAUACGUCCAGUUCUGAUGGAUUUGUUGGGACCGGCACGUAUGCGUCGCCCGAGAUGCUUACAAUGCGCUGUCGAGACUCGUGUUUUAGCUGGAAGACGGAUGUUUAUGCCUUAGGUGUGAUAUUGUUUGAGAUCUUGUGGCCCUUCAAUACUGCAAUGGAGCGAGCAUGCAGCAUAUCCGACUUGAAGAACGGCAGGCUUCCACCCGAAUUCGUAAGAUGUAUGCCCCAUGAGAGUGAGUUGAUACGCUGUAUGCUGGCAUCUUCCUCUCGAAGACCACGAGUGAGUGAGCUUUUGCGCCAUGAAGUAUUUAAUUCACUGAACAUGGACGAGGUCGAGUUGUUUAGAGCCCAAUUAUUUGAGGCACAAACUCAAAAUGAAGAACUUCGUCGACAGUUGGAAGCCCUCAAGUACUCUUCUGCAUACGCCGAUAUUUAACGAGGGUCUUCUUCAGACAACAUAUAUGAUAUCUCCACUCCCAUACGGUGCUUGUUCCCGAUGGUCUUUGCAUUUUUUUUUAUCUAUUUCUCCCCAUGCAUUCGUUAUUUGUUAUGAUCUCUCUCUUUCCUUUUUUAUUUUUCAUGUUACGAUCCAAAUUUAUGAGGUAUUUAUGAACGGGUACAACUUGCUUCUUUUCCUUUUGCCUUUAGUAUUAUGACUUACGGGCAACAUUCCUGAUUGCUAUGCAUUUGUCAACGUGCUACAUCAGAUAUAUUUUCUUAUCUCUGCUCGUUUUCGAUUUGAACCUGUAUGUGCGUUCACCUUUCAUGUCUCAUGUCACAAACAGAAUUCCCCAACUUUUUUUUGUUACAUAUAUAUACUAUUGUUUUACCUUUUGUCGGUGGCUAGACAGGCUGAUUGUUCUUUAUCGAAGGUUUGCUUAUGUCUUUACGUUUUUGUUUUUUUUUUUUUCAUUAGCAGUAGCCUGCGCGGAUCGUCUUUGCAGCUGCUCAUCGACCUGAUCCUCUACAACCUAUAAGGCUUGCUUGAAUUCGUUUUAUGUAUCGUGAAACAGUCUCUAUGCGACUUUAGAGCACUUACUUCUAGCAUGAUUAUUACUAUAGCAGAUUUACCCUUCUUUAUUUUGGAACAAUGAAUUGAUUCCAAUUUAACAGUGAGACAAAAUAUGUAGUAAAGGCCAUCGUAUUGUGUAUC